GUUAAACUAGUACCAUCUACUUUACAUGUAUAUAUUUAUUAUCAUUAUUUCGUUUUAAGAUUUUAAUGAAACAGAUGUUUCAGAGCGAUCCUCGAAACCACGACUGGCUACUGUUGGCCCAUUACCAUGAUCCCCUUGGAGGGGCGAACAGUGGGGCAGGUUAUAGGAGCGCGCGCGGCAGUGGUCGAUAUGCUGGCACUCAGUUGAGUUCGGGAUGUGGUACCUCUACGUGAUAGUCUUCCUAUGGGUCCUAGUCGUCCUCCAGUCCUCCGUAGACGUCAACUACUUCCUCAGGAUGGGCUUCACCUAUGUCAAGGCCAGGUACUUCAAGAAGAGGGUACACAUCUUAUCCAGCACCAAGAUCACAGGUCUUUGCCUGACUACGGACGUGGACUACCUCCUCUCGCACAUGAACAACGCUAGGUUCUUGCGAGAGCUGGACUUCGCGAGGGCUGACUUCUACCAGAGGACAGGGCUGUACGGGGCCAUCCAGGGCAAGGGUGGUGCCGUGGUGCAGGGUGCCGCCACCAUCCGCUACAGAAAGUUCGUCAGACUCUGCUCCUUUUACUCAAUCGUGUCUAAGAUAAUCUAUUGGGAAGGAUCGAGCAUCUAUAUGGAACAUAGAUUCGUCUCACCGACCGAUGAUUUUGUUUUGGCGAUUGCUAUAUGCCGACAGCGGCUUUUGAAAGUGGAAUCAGAAGAUUUGAUCCGUGAGAUAAUGUCCAGUGAGAAGAGCCCAGAGUCAGGAGGUUACGCCAAACCGGAAAUGCCAUUGGAUUUGGCCAAAUGGAUUGAAUCUAACGAAAUCUCUUCAGCGAACUUGAGGAACGGAUGCUGACAAGAGCUGCUGCCUUCCCAGCCGUGCAUAGCGCAGGAAUGAGGAGGUUUUCGUCCAGCCUUGUUUGAACCGCUGGUCGGUUUAACAAGGCUAUCUGCGGUGUAUUUAAGGAGAACUAAGUUGACUACUAAAGCUUCUCUAUUUUUCUGUGUUGAUAUCAAUUAUUAUUAUUUUUUUUUUUUUGCCAUUUUCUACAUAAAUUUUGAAAAUCAAAAUGUUUGUGAAGAAAACGAAAACUUACAGUAGACUCUCCCUUGUUCCAUAUUUAUAAUUUUAAAUUAUAAAACUUCAGAUCAUUAAACAUUUUGUUAUUCCAAUUAAAAAUUACAAAAAUAAAUCUAUGCAUAUUCAAAAUAAACCACAAUUACUUUUUUUUAAAAGAUUAAUAUUUGGUAUUAGUCCAUUAAAGUUGGCACAGAGACCCAUAUAGUGUGUUUGACUUCUCAACAUAUAAAGAAAUCCAUGAUUGAUAAUAUAAAAGACCUUUCAGUCUUAGAAUUGGUCAGACUAAUAAAGUGUUGGAGAUCUAAAGAUAACAGGUAAAACAGAUGAUAACUCUUAAGGCAUCUAAAGACUGUUAAGGAUAGAUAGAUUAGCAGUUAACAAGGAAACAUGCCUAACCAUUGGUAGCAACUUUAUAGCUAAUGGGCAAUAUUAUGUUAUGUGGUGUGCAGCUAUAGCAUGGUUUUAGUAAUAAGGAAGUUUAAAAGUGAAAGAUGAUUGGUAUUCCUUAAUAUCAUUAUGGGUUUUCAAACCUUUUCUGUUUGUUAUUUUAUCGACUACUUUACCUCCUUUAUCAAUAUUUGGCAGAUCAGUUUCUUUGAAUGAUAACAGUUUCUAUUUCUUCUUCAUCAUGAUUAACACAAUAGUGAAGUACAUAAUGAGCAACAAAAUAUAUCUAUUUAAAAAUUAAUAAAAUAUAAUCAUCUAAGAAAUCAUGUUUUCUUUUUAUAGUUGUUCUUAGAAUAGAAAUAGUAUCAGAUAAGAGAGAGUUUACUGUGAAUUUGUUACAUACAAAUACAUAUAUAAUUUAAUUAAAAUUUGUUCCUUUCUAUAAUUAUUCUUUAAUUUUUAUUAUUUUAUUUUAUUGUUAUUAUUUUUUUAAUUUAUAAAUCUUCAGAUCACUGAAUAAUUCAAAAAGACAAUUCAUACCUACAUUUUACGAUUUAUGCAUAUACCUAUGAGGUAAAUGCUGCAUUAAUUAAAUAGUAUUUAUUAUGAUGGGAUCAAAACAUUGAUUAUCUUAUUAUUUUUUUAUGUUCAUAAUUAUUUCAUAAUUCAUGUUAAAAUGUUGAAAACCACUUAGUAUAAGAGACAUCCAUCAUUUAAUGUCACCAUUAAACUACUUUAGAUUUCAUGAUAUAUUAAAAUAUUGUAUAUCACAUCUAUAGCAUCUGCUUAAAAUUACAUUAAGAAUCUAUAAUAAAACUGAUGUACAUUUUUUAUUGUUAUAUUCUUAAGAGUUUAUAAAACAUUUUAAAAAGUUAAUUUGGCUAUAUUCAAAUAGAUAAAUUUUAAAAUUAAUUAGUUUUAAAUUUUGAAGCCUGAAUAUAAUCUGAGUCCAUGAUCC